AUACAUAUGACCUAUCCUCUUAAUGGUGUGUACAUUGAUUAAGACAAUCAGAAUGCGAGAUGGUAGCAAUCCUCCGCCGUCAGUUUUACCCUGCCCUUCGCGCCUUUUGAACAGUACGCGUCCUACUUUCUAUUGGUACAGAUGUGUUUCUUGCCGUUAUUGCUAGAAAUCCGGCAGUCACGCGAGCACCACGUCUCGUCGCAUCUCGGACAACGAGGGAAGUUGGCUCCCCUCUUGGUACAGUGGGAGCAGACGGAGGCGGUGCUCAGUUUGGAGGACUCUUCAAGGGCAGCGAGCGCGGGGUCAAUCCUGGCUGCGCACCGCAUAGGCGAAGGAGAUAGUUCUCGCAGUCUGCGGGUGUGUCGUGGCGGCGACCCAGCGGUGGACGAGGAUGGGGUCGCCGGCAUGGACGUAUCGGCCGAGCCUGAGUACGAAUGGGUACGGCUAAUGGAGGGUAUGGAAGACAUGGUCGGCACUGGCGACCCCGGAGCGAUGGGCUCGUCCCAUUCGGGAGGAGGGACGGGGCGCGAGGAUGGAAGCAUCCGUUUCCACAAAGGUCUGCGAACGCUAGCGUGGAUAUACCGCAGAGCAUCACUGGCGGGGUUGACGGUUGUGAACGAGCCCAAGGUGUGAUGAUCCUUGCUAAGAGCAAUAGUACAUGUUGUUUUGGGUGUACCCCGUUCGGAUGGAGAUGGUGACGCGCAGGAACGACGCGGGUUCAUGGGACCUGUCCAGGUCGCGUGCCGCUGAUGAUGAGACGGACGUUUGUCCGAUACCGAAGCCCAAGCGGCAUCGUCGACGAUAAGGGUGUGAUGACCGACGUCGAGGUCGGAGUGUGGAAGCUGUUGA